AUGGCCUCUGCUGUGCCUGACAAAGAAGAAGCUGCUAAGACCUCCCUGGAGGUGAAGGAAGAGGAGCAGCAGGAUGCAGUAAACCCGGUGGCUAACCUGACCUUGGUCACCUCUGCCUGUGACAUGGUUUCUACAGCAUAUGCCUCCACUAAGGAGAGCCACCCCUACAUCAGGUCUGUAUGUGAUGCAGCAGAGAAAGGAGUGAAGAGUGUGACUGAAGCCACAGCCAGCUGCGUGCAGCCAGUUCUGACUACACUGGAGCCCCAUGACAUUGCAGCAAGCGAGUAUGCCUCCAAGGGUCUGGAUAAACUAGGUGAAAAGAUCCCACUCUUCCAAAAGCCAGUGGAACAGGUUAUCUCUGACACAAAAGAGCUGGUGUCAUCCAGAGUGGCUGAUACGAAGGAUGCUGUGAGCAGCAAAGUGACAGAGGUGAUGGAUAUCACAAAGGAGACUCUCCAGAGCGGUGUGGAGGCUGCCAGAUCCACAGUGGCCAGCAGCGUGGGGAUGGUUAUGGACUCCAGAGUGGGCCAGGCAGCUGUGAGCGGAGCAGAAGCUGAGAUACUAUCUAUUUCCUCAGCCAAACUGGCAGCAUCUGAGGAGGGUGCAGACAUAAUGUCUGUGGAACAGCAGCAGGAGAAGAGGAGAUACUUUGUGCGGUUGGGGUCUCUCUCUGACGAGCUUCGCCGUUUUGCCUACCUGCAGUCAACUGACAAAAUGAAGCAGGUCUGGCAGGGCAUGCAGGAGGCCCUUGCACAGCUUCACCACAUCAUUGAACUGAUUGAAGUGUUUAAGCAAGGCUUUAAUCAAAAGCUUCAGGAAGGCCAGGAGAAACUACACCAGAUGUGGCUGGACUGGAGUAGGAAGUCUUCCAAAGAGAGUGGAGAUGAAAGCUCUGCAGAGCCAGAGGCCUUUGGAGAAGAUGUAGAGAGACCGGGCUCUGUGGGGACUUCCAGAGGAGAAACUUGA